GGAUACAGCACCAGCAAUAGUAAUGAGGAGGAAACUCAAGAGGAUAAACUCAGCCCUUCCAAAAUGAUGCGCUUUUUCACCACCCCUCGGAAACGGGCUAAUUCCAGCUCCGACAGGCCUCGUUCUCUGGUUUUGAUGGGCAACUCGUCCACGUGGAAUGCUUUGUCUUCCAUCAAAAAAAUGGGAUCUUUCAAGAAAUUGAAAUCGUCAGUUCUCCAAGGAAUUCAAACAAGGGAAUGCUCUGACAUCUUAAAUGAGAAUGGUGUUGGCAAACGCGGUUCAAACGGGGCAGUGGUGAGAGUUCAGACUAACAGGUAUUCCUAUUCAGGGCCUCUCCAUGAUUUCCAGAAUGCAGUGGAUGGUUUGGCUUCUGAUUUCUCUGAUGCAGAGGAGGGUGAUGAGUCUUUCCUGAGGAAUACUCACCGCUCACGCAGCAUCAGGCGGGCUUAUGGUGCUGGCCGCAUAAACUUGCUAGACACAGAUAAAGCUCAGAGUCAUCACAACUGUACUAGGCCAACAUCACCUGUCAUUGCAGAGCCAAAGAUCUGUGAAAUUUUGGUGAAAGACUCUGAAAACAACAGGGUCAUUUAUCGGAGAAGCAAAAGUUCAGAUAAUUUGAACUUCCUGAAAAAAAGCUCAUUCAAACGGAAGUCUACCUCAAACCUCACUGACCUGAAGGUUGCAAGUGAAAAACAGAUGCCAACGAGGACUGUGAGUGUUACUUCUGCUGACUUGGACAAGGCUGGCGGGAACCAGGAGAGGAGAUCCAAGCGAUGGAAGAGCCCUAUCAGGGCAAAGGAUUUUGACAGAGUUUUGAAAAUUGUCAGUAAUGUUACUGAUGUUGCAUGGAAGAAGGAUGGCCCUAAGAGUGCUACUCCUCCCAGCGAGCAGUCCCAGAGAACAAUGUCAAACAGCAGACUGCACGAUGACUAUUCCCGCAGGGUUUCCAGCAGCACGGAUCAUGACAGAAAGAGAUGCACCUCCCCAGUGUCUAGUCCUGACCCUUCCUUCCCAGGAGCAACUUGUCUGCAAAGCCCUACUGUUGCUCAGGAUAAGGAGGCUGAAAUGAAUGUAGCUGUUGGUGAAGAAAAAAACCUCAGGACAUCAUCAGGUAUCCCAGAUGUUGACAGCUUAACCCCUGUGCUGGAUGACAUUAGUCCAUUUCCCAAUGAAGUGUUUUAUUCGGACUCAGAGGAACCAAAAGCUACCCAGCAGUUUACGUGUGAAGCCGAAAACCCUCCGGUCAGGCCGACUACUCCAAAGCCUCAAAGUCCCUCUGCAGAGAAGGUCAAGUGCAAUAAGAAUUUCCGGUGCCCAAACCAUCAUAGCACAUUGUCACUGAGCUCAUCCGAGAGUGAGGAGAGAGCUGAAGUACCAGGGCUGAAGCUGGGCAGGAAUCCUGUUUGCUUCCAGGAUUCGGUGCAAACCGUGUACUAUGAUGAUGGAAAUGAAGACAGUGGCAUAAGCAGCCACUCUCAGCUGAGCCUCAAUUUAGCCCCUGGUGUUGAAGAGAAAAAGGAAGAGGUUGCUUCUGAUGACCACUGGAAGAGGUCACCAUCCCAAGAUGAAGAAAAGACAGACACACAGAAGGUCACACCCAGGAGAUGGGGCUCUGGAAAAAGAUGUCGUCCCAGACCUCUCUCAGACUAUGGCCAAAUGUCUGUCAGAAGUUUCUCUAUACCAGAAGAUGCAGUUGCAGUGGAUUCUCAGAAGACAGACUGCACAGAUGGAGAAAAUCAGCCAGGACUGACUUCUGUCAGGUCUGGGAUCCAAAGCAAUACAGUAGGCUACCACAGAGGGAGAAAAAGAAGACCCAUCUCUGUAAUAGGUGGGGUCAAUUUCUAUGGCAGCGGUCCGGCAGAAGAGAUAGAAGGUCUGCUGACACAACCUGUAGCACGGCCACCUGUUCCAGCGCACCAGGUGCCCCCUUACAAAGCUGUUUCAGCCAGGUUCCGGCCGCUCACCUUUUCACAAAGUACCCCCAUCGGCCUGGACCGGGUUGGACGGAGGCAGCAGAUGAGAACAUCUAACGUUGCUGCAGAUGGUGGGACUGAAUCUUCGGCCUUAGUGGACGACAAUGGCAGUGAGGAAGAUUACAGCUAUGAGGAGCUCUGCCAAGCCACCCCCAGGUACCUGCAGCCUGGAGGGGAACAGCUAGCGAUUAAUGAGCUGAUAAGUGAUGGCAGCAUUGUCUAUGCAGAAGCUCUCUGGGACCAUGUGACUAUGGAUGAUCAAGAGCUGGGCUUCAAAGCUGGAGAUGUCAUUAGAGUUCUAGAAGCUUCCAACAAAGACUGGUGGUGGGGAAGAAAAGAGGACAAGGAAGCCUGGUUUCCAGCUAGCUUUGUCAGACUGCGAGUUAAUCAGGAAGAAGUGCCAGAAACCUGUAGUAGUAUCCAGGAUGAAGAACAAGAUGCAGAUAUUAGCAAACAUCGUCAGAAAAUAGCUGAAAACAAGGAUCAGAUGAGAACCAACGUUAUACAGGAAAUUAUGAACACAGAACGAGUCUAUAUCAAGCAUCUCAAGGACAUCUGUGAGGGUUAUAUUCGGCAGUGUCGCAAACACACAGGAAUGUUCACCACAGCUCAGUUAAGCACCAUUUUUGGAAAUAUUGAAGAUAUUUACAAGUUCCAAAGGAAGUUUCUGAAGGAUCUUGAGAAACAGUACAACAAAGAGGAACCUCAUCUAAGUGAAAUAGGGUCAUGUUUUCUUCAACAUCAAGAAGGCUUUGCUAUUUAUUCAGAGUAUUGUAACAAUCAUCCCAGUGCCUGCAUUGAACUUUCCAAACUGAUGAAGCAGGGCAAAUACCGUCACUUCUUUGAGGCCUGUCGCUUGCUUCAGCAGAUGAUUGACAUUGCCAUUGAUGGUUUUCUUCUCACGCCUGUACAGAAAAUCUGCAAAUACCCCCUGCAGCUUGCAGAAUUGCUCAAAUAUACCACUCAGGAGCACAGUGAUUAUAACAACAUAAAAGCUGCAUACGAGGCUAUGAAGAAUGUAGCAUGUCUGAUCAAUGAGCGAAAACGAAGAUUAGAAAGCAUAGACAAGAUUGCACGUUGGCAAGUCUCUAUUGUAGACUGGGAGGGACCAGAUGUGUUAGCCAGAAGCUCAGAACUGAUCCACUCAGGAGAACUGACCAAAAUAUCAAAGCAAGGCAAAAGCCAGCAGAGGACAUUCUUCCUUUUUGACCAUCAGCUUGUGUUCUGUAAGAAGGACUUACUGAGAAGGGACAUCUUGUAUUACAAAGAUCGUAUUGACAUGGAUGAGAUGGAAAUUGUGGACACUGAAGAUGGCAGAGACAAAGACUUUAACAUUAAUGUCAAGAAUGCUUUUAAAAUAAUAAAUAGAGCAACAGAAGAGAUUCAUUUGUUCUGUGCAAAAAAACAGGAGGAUAAAAAGAGAUGGAUGGAAGCGUGUGAAAGUGAAAGGAGAAGAGUUCAGGAAGACAAGGAAAUGGGAAUGGAAAUCUCAGAAAACCAGAAGAAGCAAGCCAUGCAAAAUGCCCGUAAGUCAAGGCAUGGAAAAAUGAAAGGUGACUACAAUGGGUGUCCUGUGCCUCCUCCACACCAAAGCCUGCACCCUAUUCAUCAGCGCCACAUCACUGUGCCUACCAGCAUCCCUCAGCAGCAGGUUUUUGCUCUGGCAGAACCCAAGCGGAAGCCAUCUCUCUUCUGGCACACCUUCAACAAACUCACCCCCUUUAAAAAGUGA